GUUCUCUGCUGCCCGGGAAAGUGCAAAUUGGGGCACUGCGGAGGACCCGGGGAGACAAAGGGAGGAGAGCUCUUGAAAAGGGCUGGAAAUUUGGAAAUUGUACUGAAAACAGUUAAAUAUGCCCAAGAUAACAUUAAAUGGCGUUACAGUGGAUUUUCCUUUCCAACCAUACAAGUGUCAGGAAGAUUAUAUGGCUAAAGUCCUGGAGUGCCUACAGAAGAAGGUAAAUGGCAUUCUUGAGAGCCCCACAGGAACAGGAAAGACUCUUUGUCUUCUUUGUACCACUUUGGCUUGGCGGGAGCACUUUAAAGACACAAUCACUGCUCGAAAGAUCGCUGAAAGGAUGCAGGGGGUGGAGCUCUUUCCUGAUAGACCAAUGUCAUCAUGGGGGAAUGCUGCCACAGAUGGAGAUACCACAGCAUACUACACUGAUAUUCCGAAGAUCAUUUAUGCCUCCAGAACCCAUUCUCAGCUCACUCAGGUCAUCAGUGAGUUAAGGAACACUACUUACUCACCAAAGGUGUGUGUACUGGGCUCUAGAGAGCAGCUGUGUAUCAACCCUGAAGUGAGGAAGAUAGAAAGUAACCACGUACAGAUCCAUGUGUGUCGAAAGAAGGUGUCAACUCACUCUUGUCAUUUCUACAACAAUGUGGAAGAGAAGAGCACAGAGAAGGAGCUGGUCACUUCCAUCUUGGAUAUUGAAGAUUUGGUUAAAAGUGGCAACAAGCACAAAGUCUGCCCUUAUUAUUUAUCUCGGACGCUAAAGCAGCAAGCAGACAUAAUUUUUAUGCCAUACAAUUAUCUGUUGGACUCCAAGACACGAAGGGCACACAACAUUGAUCUUAAAGGGACAAUAGUGAUCUUUGAUGAGGCUCACAAUGUGGAGAAGGUAUGUGAGGAAUCAGCAUCAUUUGAUUUGACUCCCUUCGACUUGGCAUCUGGUCUAGAUGCUAUAAAUCAGGUGCUAGAAGAACAGACGAAAUUGCUGCAGCAAAAUGAAAUCCAUGCAGAAUUCAACAUGGAACUUGACAAUUCAGGUCUGAAAAUGGAGCUUGAAGAUAUAGCUAAAGUAAAAAUAAUUCUUCUUAAGCUGGAAAGUGUAAUCGAUGCCAUUGAGCUUCCAGGAAAUAACAUUGGCAUGACUAAGCCUGGAAGCUAUAUCUUUGAUCUGUUUGCUGAAGCCCACAUAACCUUUCAGACCAAGUCUUCCCUCCUGGAGUCACUGGAGCAGAUCAUCCAGUUCAUGGCAGGACGUACUGGGAUAUUUAACAAUACAGCAGGCUUACAAAAGCUGGUGGACAUCAUUCAGAUUGUUUUCAGUAUUAACCCCCCAGAAGGUACAGCCAACCCCAUGGUGGGACAUACAGUUUCAAAAUAUUAUAAGGUCCACAUCCACUUGGACACCGGUAAUAGAAAAAAGACCCAGAGGACUGAUGGUUGGAGUGCUCCUGUGGCCAAAAAACAAGGAAAGAUAUUGAGCUAUUGGUGUUUCAGUCCAGGAUUUAGCAUGCAUGAGUUAAUUCAACAGGAAGUGCGUACCAUCAUCCUCACCAGCGGGACUCUAGCUCCAAUUUCUUCCUUUACUAUGGAGAUGCAAAUUCCUUUCCCUGUUUGUUUGGAGAAUCCUCAUGUUAUUGAUAAACAUCAGAUCUGGGUGGGAAUUGUCCCCAAAGGCCCUGAUGGCGUAUUGCUGAGUUCUGCAUAUGAUAAAAGGUUUUCUGAAGAAUGCUUGUCUUCCUUAGGAAAAACUAUAGGGAAUAUUGCCCGAGUUGUGCCCCAUGGACUCUUGGUAUUCUUCCCAUCAUACCCUGUCAUGGAAAAAAGUCUCGAGUACUGGCGAGACCAUGACUUUGCCAGAAAGAUAGAAGAGUUAAAGGCAAUUUUUGUGGAGCCGAGAAGUAAAGGAGGCUUUAAUGAGGUUAUUGAUGCUUAUUAUGAGAAAAUUGUCUGUCCCAAAUCAAAUGGGGCUGCUUUCAUGGCUGUGUGCCGGGGAAAGGCUAGUGAAGGCUUAGACUUUGCAGAUAUGAAUGGCCGUGGAGUCAUCAUCACUGGUCUCCCAUUUCCUCCACGAAUGGAUCCCAGAGUCAUUUUGAAGAUGCAGUUCCUUGAUGAGAUGAGAGGAAGAGGUGGCACAGGGGGCCAGUUUUUAUCUGGGCAUGAGUGGUACCGGCAGCAAGCCUCCCGGGCGGUCAAUCAAGCCAUCGGCAGAGUCAUCCGACAUCGCCAGGACUUUGGGGCUAUUUUCCUCUGUGAUCACAGGUUCACUAACAAUGAUGCCAGAGCCCAGCUGCCCUCCUGGGUGCGCCCUUACGUCAAGGUCUAUGACAACUUUGGCCAUAUUAUCCGUGAUGCUGCCCAGUUUUUUCGAGUUGCUCAGAAAAUUAUGCCUGUUCCUAUCCCACGGGUUCCCCAGAGCCCCUGUGGGGGAGAGGUUGCUGCUGCAGCCUCCACUUCUUCAUUCAGCCUAUUCCUCUCAUCUAAGAAAGCCAAGAGCCUGGAUGUACAUGUUCCUAGCCUGAAAAGGAAGUGUACAGGAUCGCUGGACAGUGGAAACAGUGAAGCCAGCCUAUGGGGAGAGUAUGAACAGGAACUAGUUUCCCCGCAGAGGAAGCCCAGAGGUUUGCUGGCCGCAUUGGACCGUAGUGAGAACAAAAGUGAAAUUGAUGAGACCAACACACUUCCAGGAGAAGAAAAGGCUCAGCGUCUCUCUACCCUAUCCUUACAAUAUGAGAAGACAUUAACAGAUGAGCAAAAAGGAGGAAAGAAGAAAAUCAGAAUUGUUAGCAACCAGGAUAAGAAAGCAUCUAUCCCCAUGGAGCAGGCAGGCAAAGCCAAGCUGUUUAUGUUAUCAGUGAAGCAGUCCCUGAGCCAGGCCAACUUUGACGUCUUCACCAGAACCUUGCAGCAAUAUAAGGGGACAGAUGACUUCCACAGCAUGAUGACUUACAUUAGCACACUGUUUGCGGAGGACCCAAAGAAGCACCAUUUGCUCCAAGGAUUUUACCAGUUUGUCCGGCCACACCACAAGAAACUGUUUGAAGAAGCAUGCCUCAAGCUAACUGGGCAAAGCUGUGGCUACAAACCUGAGCAUAGCCUGCCGCGUGAGAAAAGAGAGCAGAUGGUCCAGGAUCCAAAUGAGAAGCAGAAUAAGAUCAAAAUGACCUUUUCAGAGGGUGUGGCCCAACAGCUCAACUCAGACAUUCAUCUGAACCAGGGAGGAGCCCACCUGGUAUCUGAGAUCGCCACCCAAGGAGAAGAUCACCCGAGUGUCUUGAGCAGCACAACCAAAGUGGAGCCAAAAGCCCCAGGGGAGAAGAAGGGACAUGCUGCUGUCACAGCCUAUCUUGCAGAUGUCAAGAAAUCCCUUGGUCCAAGCUGUUACAGCCAGUUCUCCACAGCACUCUCUGCUUAUAAGAAAGAUGACAACUACGAAGCCAUGGUGUCUGUGAUUGCUGCCCUCACCACCGAGAAACCUGAGGAUUUGCCUCUUCUACAAAAGUUCUCCAUGUUUGUUCGCCCUCAUCAUAAGAAGCAGUUUCUCCAGAUGUGUAUGGACUUGACAGGGCCAUGCCCUGGAGAAGGGACGCUGGUAUCUCCCAGGAAGAGCCACCCAGAACCCUCCAGCCUCAGCCCCCAAGUAGAGGAAGAGGCUGAAGUGCAGGCACUGGUGGCAGGGUCUAAACCGGACCUCUCAGAGCCUGAGAAAUCCAGGAAAGUUCAAAGCAAAAUCUCUUCCUUUUGCUGCAAACUGAGAAAAUCAGAAUCUCCAGGAACUAAAUCUCCUGAAGGUGCCAGCCACCUGCCAGCGAGCUUGGAGCCUGACCCAAUCCCUGCUCUCCCUUCUAAUGUUGAAGUGGAAUGGGAAGGUUUCCAUUGUCCUGGUUGCAGUGCUGAGGAUGUGGUGCCCUUUCAAUGCCAUGCUUGUGACUUUCAUUCCUGUAAGGCAUGCUGGGAAUGGCAUUUCAAGACCACUAAGAAAUGUCCAGAGUGUGGAGCCAUUGCCAAGAAGAGAUAUCUCACCCAAGUCUUCUUCUGGAAGAAAACCUAGUGAUGAACUCAAAUUUGUACCCUCUAUUGCCCAUGGUUGAGCCUCAUGCACAGGGUUAACUUGAGAUAUUCUUGAUGAAGUUUACCCCUUGCAGAUCCUACCACCUAAGAAAGAAGUUCUGGCACAUGUAGCCCCAUAAUCCUGGCACUGUUUCCCAUUUUGCCUUGUUUUGGCAAUAUGGCCAAGCUGUCCUGUUCAUCUUGUUGCAUCUAAUGUACAUCCUGCCCUUGGACCAGUAAAUUUUCAGGCUCUGUCAUUACUGAGAAAUGCCUAGGGAGCAUCUUAGCAUCUCAAUCACAACACUCAGAUCUUCCAUUGUCCCUGAUUAUGAAUUUGAGUUGUCUAGUUCUAGUUCCUAGGUUCUAUUAACAUCACCUUUGCUUCUCGUAUUCAAAUAAUGCAUUCAUGAAAAAUGGAGUUUCCAGUGUCUCUAGCCAAUGGUGGGAGUCAUUCCCCAGCUAAGUCUUCUCAGGAUCCCAUGAUCUUUAUAUGAGAGUUGUGUAAUGCCCCACUCUUUCUAACCAUGUAGGAUGUGAACUUUAGGCUCUAUAGCAGCAUUGUUAUAUAUCCUGAGGUCCUCUAUAUCCCAUUUUCCCGUGGGGAUCAGCAUACUUUGGUAUUCAUGGUGGUGGUGGGGUAGGGGAAUCUGAGGAAUGGGUAAAGAACAUUUGUUUUUAUGCUUCAUUUUUUUUUGUUGUUGUUAUUUAUUGUGUAAUUUUAUUUAUUGUGCCUUGGUAAUUCCCAGAUAUUUUGUACAUUUUGUAGUCAUUUUGAAUAUCAUUUCCUUUUCUGUUACUUCCUCCUAGAUUUUGUAAUUGCUACAUGGUACUGAUGAUUAUUUGAAUUUAUUUUGUAUUCUGCUGCCUGACUGAAGCUUUUGUCUCAGUAGCUUUGAUGAUUCUCUUGGGUUUUCUAAGUAACCCAUCUUGAAUGCAAAUAGGGAUAAUUUUGCCUGGAUAAGGAACAUUUUGUAAAUUGUCAGGGAGAAGGACACCUUUUUUGCUCAUCCUUAGUCAACUUGUCAGAGGUGUUAUAUCUUCUCUAUCAGUUUUCCACAUCAAUUAAGUCUAAUUUCCUAGCUCUGCUGACACUGUAUCUGCCAGUGUCAUAUUGUAUAAUAAUCAAUGGGGAAAAAAAAAGGAAGAAAACUUGCCACUGAGAUGGUAGCCUGUGUUUGUGUAAAUUAAGACUUUUUUAAAAAAUCAGGUGGAAAAACAAGUCUAUAAAUAAAAACUGUUGACUGCUGA